CCCGGGGGAGGGCAGGGCAGGGCAGGGGGCGAGGGACACCCGCAGCUGGGCUCUCCAGGGGCUCAGGGCGGUGUGCCGGGGUCUGCGCCCCUCACCCUGCCCCGUGUCAGGAGAGGCCAGCAUGGUGCAGCCCCUCGGCGCGGCUCAUGCCAGUGGGGGGUGCUGGGGCUGGCUGCCGGGCGCUGGAUCCGCGACAGCCUCGCUCCCCGUCACACGACAAACCCCGUUGUCUCCUUCCCGCAGGCUGCCGGGAGCCCGGGCGCUGCUGAACGGUGCUGCGCGCGGGCGUGGGAGAGCCAGCGCACAGGCCCAGGCUGGGGUGAGGCAGAGAAGAUGGCUGCUGAGUUGAAGCUAGCACCAGCCAAAGGCUCCCCCUUCCCAGCGCUGCUGCAGCCUCUGGCGGCGAUGGAGAAGCAGGACCCAGCUGGCCCCAAGCCGCAGGCGGGAGCUGAGAGGGCAGGGAAAGCCCCUCAUGCUGUCCAGGCUGGGACAGGCAGAGUGUCCCCAAGAUGGGUGGCACCACAAGAGGUCAAGCGGGAGCCGCUGCAGGGGCCCAUCCAGCACUGGCAGGUCACGGUGGACAGGCAGGUCGAGGACAUGGCCGUGGACAUGGAGGGACCUGGGACCUUGAGAGAAUCUGUCUGCUCUCGGUCAAAACAGCCACAGCCCCAUCCCGGGUACAUGCCACUGGAGCAGGCAAGAUGGGGUGAAACCCCAGAGCCCCAGGACAAGCUGCCUCGUGUCCCCAGAGAGGAGCCCCCACCCCAUGAAGAGCCAGCAGGUGCAGGAAACCUGAGCACAGCUGAGGAGGAGCCUCCUGAGGAAAGGCCUGUACACCUGGAACUGCUGAGGCCAUCCCCAGGAAGAUCUAGGGAGAGGGAACUCCUGACACCUGAGCCAAGCCAAGUGUGUAAGAAGCAGAGCAGGUGCCCACAGCACAGAGGGAACAUGACCGUGAGCAAGCUCGUGGAGGCCUUUGAGGACGUGGCUGUGUACUUCACACGGGAGGAGUGGGAGCUGCUGGAAACUGGAGACAAGGGGCUUUACCAGGACCAGAUGCUGAGGAAUUACCGAGCCCUUGUUUCCCUGGGAUAUCAAGGCCCCACACCAGACCUAAUCUGCCGCAUCCAGCAAGGUGAGAUGGAGCUCUGGAUCUGUGAUGAGGAAGCUGGAGAAAACUUGUUUUCUGAGGACUUGACUCCAGCAGAUGCUGAGUCACUGGGCAGAGAUGAGCAGCAGCAGCAGCAUCACGAGGAAGAGCCUGCCAACCUGAAUCUGUUUCAGACUAGAAACCAGCUUCCUUCCCAACAAGAAGAGAGACCAGUGGAGACCAAAAGGAGCAGGGAAGGAUUUGAAGGGCAGAGAGACCUGAGUAUAUGUGGAGAGCCCAGUGGGAAGUUUGGGGAUGAUGCAGAACUUGGGACCCAUCAGAGGGAGAAUGUCCAGGCCUGUGCUGAGCAUGGGGACAGCUUCCACCAUCCAUGCCCUCUCAAUGAGCACUCAAAGGAACACCCUCACUGCUGCUCAGAGUGUGGGAAGAGCUUUGUUUCCUUAAGUGACCUCCAAGUGCACCAGGAGAUGCACGCAGGGGAGCAGAUAUACUGCUGCGCUGAGUGCAAAAAGAGCUUCACUAGGUGGGAUCACCUUCAAAGCCACAUGUGUGUGCAUGCGGAAGAGAAGCUGUUCUCCUGCAUGCAGUGUGGGAAAAGCUUCACACAGAAGUCCAAGCUCACGCGGCACCAGCGUGUGCACACGGGGGAGAAACCAUUCUCUUGUACCCAGUGUGAGAAGAGCUUUGCUGACAGCUCUGUAUUCAUGCAACACCUGCGCGUGCACACAGGGGAGAAGCCAUUUUCUUGCACCCAGUGUGGGAAAAGCUUCACACAGAACUCCCAGCUCACACGGCACCAGCGCGUGCACACGGGGGAGAAACCAUUCUCUUGUAUCCAGUGUGAGAAGAGCUUUGGCGACAUCUCUGCACUCAUGCAACACCUGCGCAUGCACACAGGGGAGAAGCCAUUUUAUUGCACCCAGUGUGGGAAGAGCUUCAACAGGAGAUCAACACUCACAGGUCACCUGCGCGUGCACACGGGAGAGAAGCCCUUUGCCUGCAGUCAAUGUGAGAAGAGCUUCAGGAACAGCUCUGGGCUCACAAGUCACCUGCGUGUGCACUCAGGGGAGAGGCCAUUCUCUUGCAGCCAGUGCAAAAAGACCUUCAGUAGCAGCUCUGCGCUCAUGAGUCACCUGCGUGUGCACACAGGAGAAAAACCAUUUUCUUGCAUCUAUUGUGGGAAGAGCUUCACGUAUAACUCCAACCUCACCAUUCACCUGCGCAUACACACAGGGGAGAAGCCAUUCUCUUGCACCCAAUGUAAGAAGAGCUUCAGCAACAGCUCUUCACUCACAACUCACCUGAGUGUGCACACAGGGGAGAAGCCAUUUUUUUGCCCCCAGUGUGGGAAGAGCUUCACCAGGAAAUCAACAAUCCCACGUCACAUGCGUGUGCACACAGGUGAGAAGCCGUUCCAAUGCAGCCAGUGUGGGAAGAGCUUCACGCAGAGCUCCAAACUCACCUAUCACCUUCGCACCCAUAUAGGGGAGAAACGCUUCUUCUGCAGCCAAUGUGGGAAGGGAUUCACUAAGAGGUCAAUGCUCAUGAGUCACCAGCACAUGCACACAAGGGAUAAGCUGUACCACUGUCCCUAGAUGUUGCCUCACUUCUGAAUAGAGGGGAAUAAUUACUUUCCUUGACCUACUGGCAACACACCUACCACUACAGCCCAGUAUGCUGUUAGCCUUCUUGGCAACUAGAUUCAUUCAUACAUGUUAGGGUCAGAAGGGACCUCAGUAGGUCAUCAAGUCUGACCCCUUGCCCUUGGCAAGAAAGAGCGCUGGGGUCAGACGACCCUAGCUAGGUGCUUGUCCAGUUUCCUCUUGAAGACCCCCAAAGUAGGGGAGAGCACCACCUCCCUUGGAAGCCCAUUCCAGAUUCUGGCAACCCUUACUGUGAAAAAGUUCUUUCUAUAGCACGCUGUUGAAUCAUAUUCAAGUUAUUGUCCACUAUAACCCCCAGUCAGCCCUUAAGCAUUCUCUGGCAGAGAAAAUAGCUCUUUCCCCCCCAUCCAAUGCCUUUUACUGUUCAUGGUGAGAGCCCCUGUUGGAUAAGGGAGUGAUCUAGACUUCCUGCCCCAUGGCUGUGCAUGGGAUUUCCUCAAUGCUGAGCACACUGGUGGCAGAGGUGUCCCUGGCUGACAUACUGGGUAAAGGCAGGGGGACCCCAGGCACCUGCAGGCUCAACGCCUAUUGUCUCUGCCCUAGAGCCCUCGUCCCCUCUCUGUACACCACCUCCCCAAACCCCAUUUUCCUUUUUACUCCCCCAGCGCUGUUCGGACUCCUGUAAUAUCUGUAUCCCUACAGGAUUUGAUGCCUACUUUUGCUCCAUAAUCACCUAGCACUGGCCCUUACCCUCCCCUCCCAUUGUUCUCUGUCCCCCCCACAACCAUCAGACCAUUGCAGCCAUCAUUCUCAUUACCUAAGCACCCAAAACUGUUGCAGGGGGGGGCAUUGGCAUGGGUCUGCAGUGAUGUAGUGAUGGGGGAAAGGCAGCUUGUGAAAGGCCUACAGGGAUUAGGGGAAAGUUGCCCUCUUUCACAGCAUCGUAAGGAUUUGCUUCUUUUUGGAGACUUUCUACGCUGCUUUUCUGUUCUGAGCCCUCCAUCGGACUUUUCCUGCCUUCUCCAGUCUCUGGGAAAUGUUUUCUCUGUGUCUUUUGGUUCGUGCUUUGGCUAAAGUCAGGAGUGUUUUGUGGAAAAAUCAUCUCCGUUUCAUUCACACACAAAUUUGUGGGCAUCAAGAGAGGGAUCCAGAAAGGCUUCAGUCGUUACAUUCAGGACACAGGAUACCCCAGGAAGGGGAACAGCCAAGGGCAUGAUAUCAAGGAACUGCUUUGCCCAAAACUUUAGACUGCAGGGGUGCAAAGCAUGCCUACUGUUUCUUGUACAUUUGUUAUAUUUUAAAAUAUGCUUUAAUAGCUUUUUUUUAAUUGCUUUUAAUUUUUUAAUUUUAUUUUCUGACUUUCCUCUAAAAAAAUACUGAUGUAAAGCCAGAAUGCGGGACACUGCUUACAUAUACAUAUGUAUUGUUUCUUUAUUAUUAUUAUUUUUAAGUGUCUUCAGCAAAGAAAAAAAAUAAGCGUUUCCAGGCAAAAAUAACUUCACAAAAUGUUUUGCUGAAAACCACGCGAAUAAAAAAAUCUUAUGAAAA